AUCGGGGUAGUCGGGAUUACUGUUGGAGCUGCAUGUCUACUCCGACGAUCACAGCAGGUUAUUCGCACAUGGCAGUACCCGGCAUAUAGCGGACAAGCGUCCCCGAGGGUUUAUUCCUAUUAAAGAAAGCCACCCAUCCCGUCCUUCUCCAUAUGUCAACAAUCCUCUCCAUCCUAUCCUCCGCAACACCCCUCACAGAACUGCCGCAUUGAAAUAUCACCCUCUGGUGUUCUUUCCCCCCUACCCUACGGCUCCUUUUUUAAAAGGCACUUAAUUUCUUCCAUUGCUCAUCUUCCUAGCUAGGGACUUGGGUUUAUUCGCCUAAAAUGUCGGGUACGACCACGCUGGCCGAAUACCUCUUUGUCCGUUUAAGGCAGAUGGGCGUGGGAGCCGUCCAUGGGGUCCCCGGCGACUACAACCUCACAUUGUUAGAUUAUGUCGAGCCCGCCGGCCUAGAUUGGGUUGGUAACGCUAACGAGCUCAAUGCUGGGUACGCCGCCGAUGGCUACGCACGAAUAAAAGGUGUCGGGGCCAUUAUCACCACCUUCGGCGUUGGCGAGCUCUCCGCCAUCAACGCUAUCGCCGGCGCCUACGCCGAACGUGCCGCGGUCGUGCAUAUCGUUGGCACACCGUCGAGGGUCGCUCAGGACGCACGGCGUUUAAUUCACCACACCUUCAAUGACGGCGAAUAUCGUCGCUUCGCGCAGAUGCAUGCACACGUUACCGUGGCUCAGGCUAGCCUCCGGGAUCCGCAGACCAUUCCCGAUCAAAUUGACCAUGUUCUACAACAGUGUCUCAUACACAGCCGACCGGUUUACAUUGAAGUACCGGUCGACCUAGUUUCAGCCCCCAUCCCGGCGGCACGACUUGGCUCCAAGAUCGGCAUCCCUCGUGCAGCACCAACUGCACACCAAGCUGCCGUCAUAGCUCAGGUCGUCGCCAGGAUCCAAGAUGCCAAGAGGCCUAUUAUAUACGUUGACGGCGAGAGCAGAGCGCUCGGCAUCGUCCCCGACGUACAGGACAUCGUGACGUCCACCGGCUGGCCAACCUGGACGUCUCCGUUUGGCAAAGGCCUGCUAGACGAGACAGCGCCCAACGUCCACGGAAUCUACAAGGGUAGCUACGAUGACGCGAGCGUCCAGGAUUUUAUAAACGGGUCGGACCUGAUCUUGUGUUUCGGACCGCACUUCGGCUCCAGCAAUACCUACAACUAUUCCAGCAUACCGAAAGCCGAAGUCGCCGUCAUUUUUACAGACGCAGAAAUCCGAAUCGGCGGUCAGAUCUUCAGAGACAUCCCAGUGCGGUACUCGGUGUCGCAGGUCCUGAAGGAAGUAGACUUUGCGAAGGUAAAGCCGUACCAAACCUACCCUGAUCUUCCCCGCGAUUAUUCCCACUCUUUCUCGGACGUCUCGAGGGAUGACAACAUCACCCAAGACAAGUUCUGGCGCAUCGUCUCCACUAUCCUUCAACCGGGCGACAUCGUCCUCGGCGAGACAGGUACAGCGGGCUUUGGAUGCCGAGAGUUCCAGCUUCCGCCUCACGCCAGCCUCUUCACGCCGGUCACCUGGCUGUCGAUCGGAUACAUGCUCGGGGCAGCACAGGGAGCCGCGCUGGCGCAGAGGGAGCUUAUAGCAUCAUCCGACUACUACGGAAUUCAGAGCGCGCGCACGGUCCUGUUCAUCGGCGACGGCAGCUUCCAGAUGACCGUGCAAGAGCUCGGGACUAUCAUCCGGAAGAAGCUCGACGUGGUGCUGUUCCUCAUCAAUAACGACGGGUACACGAUCGAGCGCUGCAUCCACGGGCUCGAGCAAGCGUACAACGACGUCACGGCCUGGCGAUACCUGCAAGCGCCCGGCUUCUUCGGCGCCGGCGAAGACACCUACACAGCGUCGGUGAGAACCUGGGGCGACCUGCAGGAGGUCCUAGAGGGCGAUGGCUUGAAGGGUGGAGGGUUCAAGAUGGUCGAAGUAUUCCUAAGUCGCGAGGACGCCCCUCAGGGGAUCCUGCUAGACUACCUCAAGGCCGAGCGGGCACGGACGCAGAAUAAGCCUACGUAGCAGUAG